AUGUCAAAUAGUAUCAAAGAUCGUGGUCUUGUUUACGGCUCACCCAAUUCAGUGGGCAUGGCUAGCGAUCCACUAAACCAUAUGGUUCGAAAUUUGACUGCAUACACCCAUGCUGCCAAUUAUAGUAGCUUCUCCCACAAUGAGGUUCACCCAAUCGAACCUGGAUCGGCUAAUCUUGUUGCUCAUGAUGGAGUGAUAGUUAGUCAUUUUGCUGUCGGUAAAAGGGACAUCUAUGCCGAUAUCAAUGGGACGAAACUGCCCCAUAAACUCCAAGAGGAUACGACUGUCGAUACCAUAUACGAUAUGGCUAGCCUUACUAAACUCUUUACCACCAUAGCUGCACUGCGGGAGUUGGACAACGGGAAAAUCAAUCUCAAUUCUACUGUCGCAUCCUAUCUACCAGAAUUUGCCGUGAAUGGGAAAGAAAACAUCACAAUCCUUGAACUUCUUACACACACAAGUGGAUUUAACUCUGAUCCCUCGCCUCCACUUUUCUCAUCCAAUUACACAACACAUCGAGAAAGAAUCAACGCAAUCCUGACACAGGAACUCAUCAAUGCUCCUGGCAGUACAUAUCUUUACUCAGAUCUCAAUUUCAUGUCAAUGAUGAUUGUUUUGGAGACCGUAACAGAUCGAGCUCUUGAUGACCUCAUCUACGACUUUACCAAGCCAUUGGGGAUGACUUCAACUUUUUUCAAUCGCGGGAACAUCGAAGGCCUCACUGAUAAGACUCCGAUGUAUGAUCGAACGGCAACGCAGGAAUUUCAGAUAGCCGUUCUGGGCCCAGUGGAACCGCAACGUCCGCAACCGGUGCGUGGAACAGUUCAUGACGAGAAUGCAUGGGCAUUGAACGGCGUGUCUGGCCACGCGGGGCUGUUCUCAACCGUACGUGACACAGGAGCUCUGUGUCAAAUGAUUCUAAACAACGGGACGUACAUGGGGAACCGAAUUCUGUCCGAGGAGGCUGUGAACCUGAUAUUUACUAAUUUCAAUGCCCGUUUUCCUGGCAAUGCACAUGGCCUCGGGUUUGAGCUAGAUCAAUACUACACAGCCGGUCCAAUGGCCAGUAUGUUGACUGCCAGCCACACUGGCUUUACGGGGACAACAUUAGUUAUCGAUCGGGGGCAUAAUGCCUUUUGGUUGCAUUUUAGCAAUCGUGUUCAUCCAUCACGAGAGUGGUCCAGCAAUAAUAUCGUGCGCGAAGCGAUGGGUUAUUGGGUGGGUAAGAGUCUUGGACUGAAUGUCACGUUUCCUCCACUAUAA